AUGGGCUCAAUCGGAACUCAUGAAAAACUGUCUGGCUUCGACCUGAUCCAGACGCACUAUAAACAGAUCAGGGACCACGCCAUCCGUGCCGACUUUAUCAUCCCCAAGUCUACAUUCACUGGCAAGCGCCCGGUAAUCGUCCGCUUUCAUGGAGGAGGCCUGAUAACCGGCGACUCCCUCCUAAUGGAAUGGUUCCCGAUCUGGCUACUCCAGCUCGCCAAAAAGCACAACGCGGUCAUCGUAAGCCCAAACUACCGGCUCCUCCCCGAAUCAACCAGCCCAGAGAUCUUCUCCGACAUUGAAGAUUUCUGGGCCUGGCUGCAUUCGUCGGCCGUCACGGAGCUGCUGGAAACAUGUUCCACGCCUACCCAGCUCGAUCUGCGCCGCAUCUUAACGGCCGGAGACUCCGCAGGCGGAUUACUGAGUAUCUGCGUUGGAUUGGCACACGCAGACGAGAUCCGCGCCACGACAGCUACAUAUCCCUGCGUCGACAUGGCAUCGGAGUACUUCCGCACACCUACGAGCUCGGAGCCCUUCCCGGACGUGCCUGCGUCCACGGUGGAUGAUUACCUAGCUCAGAUGGACAGACGUGCAAUCCGCUCGUCGGCCCUCCUACCAGAUCGGUUCGAUCUGAUGCUAGCGGCUAUCUACUACGGCGGUCUGGGACAGUUCUAUGAUUAUGGGGCGGAAGACUCGCCGCGCGAGGCGCGAUAUCCGCUCGAGUGGCUUGAUCGGCCUGAUGUGAAGAUCCCCCGGGGAGGUAUUGCGAUCUUGCAUGGGAUGCAGGAUGCGAUUGUGCCGGUGAAGCAGAGUCAGAAGUUUGUUGCCAAGGCGCGGGAGGUCAUGAAGGGGAAGCCGGGGGGGGAUAAGAUUGUUUUGACGCUGCGAGAGGGAGAUCAUGGGUUUGAUGGUGAGGUGCCGCUUGAGGAGGAGUGGUUGUCAAGUCAUCUCAAGCAGGCUGUGGAGGCAUGGCUAGAAUAG